UUGUACUUCAUGCACAGACCAUAUAUUUUUACAUCUCAGUUACAUAAAACAUUUUAAAAGUUACUUCCUCUCUAUAACAUUUUAGCAUGUUUAAAAAUGUGGCACCACAAUAUAAAGACCUGCUGAUAGAACACCUUGUUGUAUUUCUACACAUGAAUCUACUGCAGCUUACGGAGCUUACACAGAUCACAUCGACCAUGACUGUGUUUUCCUACAGAGAAACUGAGGUUUGAGAAGUUUAAAAACACAAGGAAGAAAAAAGUUCUGCCAACUCCCCAGUGGGGAAAUAAGUAGUUCCAGAAAGAGUGUGGCGUUUCUGAGACUCAACAGCGAUUGGCCAGGCGACCUCUGAUGCAGGGGCUCAGCCCAUCCACCCCUGGCUGGGAGAAGUGUUUGGAGACUUAUAGCCUUAAGUUCCUUCAACCAUCCACAUUCACAUUUGCACACACAUACAAAACACUCUGUUGUUUGGUCAGCAUGAAUUAUCCAUUGGUGAUUCUGCUCUGUGUGGGACUAUUGCACCAGACUGUGAGGGCCGUCGUUAUGGAUAAAUUAGCAGACAACAAGAUUUGUGGAGAAGCAGAAUGCUCAUAUGUUCUCUCCAUGGCCACAGCCCUGGAUGACUUCAUAGCUCCUGACUGCAGAUUCAUCAACAUCAAGAAGGGUCAGAUGGUGUACGUGUAUUCUAAACUCGUGCCAGAGGAGGGCGCCGGAGUCUUCUGGUCUGGAAGUGUUUACGGUGAUCGGUACGUGGACCAGAUGGGCAUCAUCGGAUACUUCCCUGCAACCGUGGUGAAGGAGACACACAAGUUUACAGAGGUCACAGUUAAGAUCCCCACAACCGGCAUGGACUUUUACUGUGUUUGAGACGUGACAGAUUGAAGCGUAGACAGCACACACCGGAAAAACAGAGAGCUCUUGUCGACAGUGUGCCAUUACAUUCUGUGGUGUUGUCUGUCUCCAGCUGGAGUGAAAACCUGGACACUCUCCACACCUCAUUGUCCACAGCCUGACCCCUGCUGUUCAGUGAGCUCCUCUGUCUCUCCUUGCUUUGUCUUUUCAGGAGACCUUUCUAAAUAAACCGCCUUUUUUUUA